AUGAAGUAUCUCCCACUGCAAGAUUUCGACGCCGUCACUGGCGCUCUAAACUUCAACACACCGGAUUGCAACGUGACUGGCGGAUGCGACCUCUAUACGACCAAAUCCACAGGUUCCGAUAAGAAGCUUUACAAGAACAUCGACAAAGACCUUAGUUCACAACAUGCCGCGCUCCUCAAAUUGGGCGCAAGCCUUUCACCGCCAGACCGCGAAGCCAUGCUGGCAACAUCUCCCAACAUGCAAAUGUUCUCACACUCGAGCGCGUUUGGCCCCUUAUCAGAGCUCGCGAGUCGCCGGACAUUUGCUUAUCUGAUUGCGACACUGAACGCGAGUCAUCAACACUACGAUUUCUCGCACGUUUUGAGGCCAGGCGACUUCAAGAAAGAAAGAAACCUGCGGAGAGUGAUGGGGAAUCUCGACUCAAUCCUACAAAAUGUCAGACCGCAUGUUGAGGCACGGCCGGUCGAGCAGGCCACGUCUUCGGAGACCAAGCCGGUGUGGGGCCCACAAUGCUGGUCCAAAAUUGAUAAGGAGAUGCGCCUUAACGAAUGCACAGUCUUCAGCUACAAUCCGGACGUCGAUCCUUUUGAGGAAGAUGAGUCGGCAAUCUGGGCUGCUCACUACUUCUUUUUCAACCGCGCGUUGAAGCGAGUCGCCUACCUCUACGUGCGCGUUGUCCCGGUCGUAUCGUCCCAAUCGCCGCGACUGCAACCGGCGCUUCCGGGUUCCGUCAAGCGGACGCGGAGUACCCAAUUUGAUGCACUGGCCGGCAACAAGCGCGCAAAAUGCUGGCUAGGAGACCGCGACGCCGAGGUUGUGGCACCGUACGAAGAUGACGAAGAACAAAGCGACGGCUUCCUCUGGAAUCGGGGUGCCGAUGGCGAUCUGGUCCCGUUCUCUGAUGACGACUACACCGAGGAGCGCUUCUACUACGACGAAGAGGACGAUGAUGAGAGCCUGUCUGACCGGAAGAGCCCGGUACGGCGGAUGAGUGAGGACGUCGUGGCCCACAUGGAGAUCUAA